GCCACUAGCAGGACGAGCCGCAGCCGCAGCAAGAGCGGCGGCACUAAGACCCGCAGUUGUAGUGGUGGGGCGCCCUAACACCACGCCCACACCACCCGGGCUCACAGGCCAACGCCAACGGAAACUGUUAUAGAGAUACUAUAAGUGAUAAGUAGAUACUGUAGAUUUGAAGUCAGUCGAUGUAUUUUUCAAGAGCAUAUUAACCCUGUGUAAGUGACACACACACACCCUGGAAGGUUUAUGUUCCAUGACGUGAGAGUCAGAGGUCCCGUUGGAGACUUCACUAAGAGUAGAAAGUGAGAGUAGAGGUCCAGUGUGGGUUUCCGGAGGACCUGCCACUCAGUGUGUGUGUGUGGUACUGUAGUUUAGCGGCCUCUACUAGUGUUGGUUCUACUGGUGUGAGCUGAAGGUGUGUGGGUGUGUAGUUAGUGUGAGGAAAGUGUGUGUUGUGCCGUACUGAAGCCAGGAGUGUGUGGCGGCAGCGGUCAUCAGAUGUGUUGAGGCGUGGGUGUGGGACUGUGCCUCUCUAGGUGCAUUCUCCUGUCUCUCCUCCCUCCUGGGUAGAGGUGACCUGACCUCCGAGACAAGCCGGGUGACCCGCCACCGGCCCCGACACACGCUGGGGGUCGAGGGGCAGAGGACCCCCGCCUAGCAACUAGUGUGCGGCCUCUGCUGGAGCUGGUACUGUUGUGGCGCUUACUGCUGCUCCGUCCAGGGACACUGGUAGUAGGCAACCUCCGCCACUCCGGCCACUACCUGCUGCUUCUGCCUGCACCUGCCCGGCCAGCCAGCCACACUACCCACCUACCUGCUUGUCCGCCUGCCUGCCUGCCUGCCUGGCAGCUAGGUAACGAGGUAGCGAGCGAGGCAGGGAGCCAGCUUGCCGCCGGGCGCAACACGUGGUGGAUGGGGUAGGGAGGGUGUGCACGUGUUGUGGACACAGAGAGGCAGCCCGGGAAGUGGUGGCGGCGGUGGGCUGGGUAUAUAGCAGGUGGCCGCCUCCUCUCCCACCAUCACACGCCCUCAACAUGGACAGCGCUUCCUCACCCCCACCCAAUUAUUCAGGUAUGAUCCCCACAUCUCCAAGUCCACCCUUGGAUGCACAGCCGGUAACAUAUUGUGAACCUGCCUUCUGGUGUUCAAUCUCUUACUACGAGCUCAACACACGCGUUGGUGAGACCUUCCAUGCAUCACAGCCGUCUCUCACUGUCGAUGGUUUCACUGAUCCCAGCAACAGUGAGCGUUUCUGUCUAGGUCUCCUGUCCAACGUUAAUCGAAACCCAGUAGUAGAGCAGACAAGACGUCACAUUGGCAAGGGCGUCCGGCUAUAUUACAUUGGUGGAGAGGUGUUUGCCGAAUGUCUCUCGGACUCUUCCAUCUUUGUUCAGAGUCCUAACUGCAAUCAGCGCUAUGGGUGGCAUCCAGCAACUGUGGUAAAAAUACCUCCAGGAUGUAACUUAAAAAUCUUCAAUAAUCAAGAGUUUGCACACCAGCUGGCUCAGAGUGUUAGCCAAGGCUUUGAGGCCGUGUACCAACUAACUCGGAUGUGCACCAUACGCAUCUCAUUUGUUAAAGGCUGGGGAGCGCAAUACAGACGGCAAACAGUCACAUCAACGCCAUGUUGGAUAGAACUGCACUUGAAUGGGCCUUUACAAUGGUUGGACCGUGUUCUGACUCAGAUGGGCUCCCCCUGUCUCCCCUGCUCCUCCAUGUCCUAGACACCUGCAGUGCAUCAUGGAUCUGCUGCUGAUAAAUUUGCUCUUCCAAGAAGCCUGCAGAUUCUCCAAACCCAAAGCAACACUGGCUAAUGUUCAGCUAUACUUUGAGAAC